ACUCUUCUAUCAAAGAAGGUAACGACUCUCAUUUGCACACCAGAUGAAAAAAUUAAAGAUAUCAAGUUGAAGGUUGAGCAAAAGGAGGGCAUACCCGUGGAGCAUCAAGCUCUGCUCUUUGAGGACGACGAGAUGACUCUCAGAGAGGCCAACAUCACACCUGGACUACACAUUCAAGUAUUCUAUGAUUUUGCUUCAUUUGCUCAAGUUGACCACAUUCACUCUAUGGAAACCUACCUGCAACAAGAAUGCUCUCUUGUUCUUCACUCAACUGCACUCUAUUGUAGUACUCAGAAGAUUUGUGUUUUAAAGAAACAAGUUAACGAAGCAAAACUUGAAAGAAAAGGAAAAGAAAUAGAAGAAGAAGGGUUCAAAGAAAAACUUCUGAUUGAAACUUCUGUUUUGCAGGGAAAAUUUGAUAAAAUGGAAUGGGAAUAUGAAAUGGAGAGGAAUGACCAUGCAGCAAAACUG